AUGGGCACGGCGUUCAGUAGUAUUCCGGACGAUGACGAAUCGACGCAACCGCCAAACUCCCCCCCAUGGUCUUGGGGCAAUCGACCUCCAUUAUCGGAGAAGGAAUCACUACAUGUAGUUGACUGGAACAAGCCCCACGAUCCCGAGAAUCCCAUGCACUGGACGGCGAAGUCAAGAUGGGUGCAGAUUGUUCUUGUGAGUGCUCUGACCCUACAAGUGGCAAUCGCGUCUUCAAUGCCUGCUCCGGCCGUGGCAGACACCAUUAGAGAUUUCAAGGCGCCCAAAGGUGUCUUGAGUUCCCUCGUCGUGUCUAUCUUCAACUUGGGUAUUGUCGUUGGUACAGUGCUAGCAGCACCAUUGUCAGAGUUAUACGGACGGUACCCAGUAUACGUCCUGUCGAUCUUUUUCUUCCUUGCCUGCAACGCAGCCUGUGCUGUAUCACCCAAUCUCGGCAUUCUCCUCCUCUUCCGGUUGUUAAGCGGCGCUGCCGGUGCCGCCCCACUCGCUAUCGGAGGCGGCACCAUCGCCGAUGUAGCACUGCCGGCUUGGCGGGGCCGGGCAGUAUCGGUGUAUUCCUCCGCCCUACUAUUGGGUUCUGUUAUUGGACCCGUCACAGGAGGCUUUCUGUCCCAAUACUUUGGUUGGCGGUGGAUCUUCUGGUCACUGUGCAUAGUGGCUUCUGUUAUCGGCAUUGCUACGUCUUUCUUUCUUAGAGAAACAUCAGCGAAAAUAUUGCUUGAAAGGCGAGCGCAAAAAGUCAGGAAGAGAACUGGAGAUCUGGGAUACUUCUCGGCAUUGGCCGCUGGUGUCUCGCCAAGCAAAGCGUUCUCGAAAGCCAUUAAGAGGCCCUUUCGACUUCUCAUACUAAACCCAAUCGUCCUUGCCUUCUCGUCGUACUUUGCCGUCAUAUACGGCUACCUCCACCUGACCAAUGUCCACCAGUACCUCUUCUUUACAACCCUUCCGGCAGUCUUUACCGGCAAAUACGGCUUUUCAGUCAGCUUUUCCGGUCUCACAUUCCUGGGUGUCGGCAUUGGCAUCAUAGUGGGCGUUGUGCUCGAUUUACUCUGGAGCGACCGAAUUGCGGCAUCCCUGCUUCUCAAGACAGGUGCCAGGAGACCUGAACUUCGUCUGACUGCCAUGGCAUAUUCCGUGCCUCUGAUUCCGGCAGGUUUGCUCUUGUACGGGUGGACGGCCGAGAAGUCCGUUUUCUGGCUGGCGCCGAUGACGGGUUCCACCAUUUUUGGAGUAGGCGUGAUGCUUGUGUUUACACCUCUUACGUCCUACUUUAUCGAAGUCUUUACAAUUCAUGCUGCCUCUGCACUUGCUGCCGCAACGAUAGUCAGUGGCAUUUUCGCGACUUUCUUACCCCUUGUGGGAUCUCUUCUAUAUGCUACUUUGGGCCUAGGAUGGGAAAACACUGUCCUUGCUGCGUUGGCGGUGGUCGUUGCACCAGUUCCCUGGUUCGUUAUGAAAAAGGGUCAAGCCAUGAGGGAGAAGCACGCAUAUCAAGCUUUUUAG